AUGACAAUAACCAAAGCAGUCCGCAUCGUCGAGGUCGGGCCCCGCGAUGGCCUGCAGAAUAUCAAAGAGCCUGUUCCAACGUCCGUGAAGCUCGAGUUAAUCCAGCGACUACGCGCGACGGGCCUACGGACUAUCGAGUUGACGUCCGUGGUCUCGCCAAAGGCGAUCCCACAGUUGGCGGACUGUCGCGAUGUACUGGGGAAUGAGUCCAUCAGACAACUACAAGGACAAUCGGGCCUUCGGCUGCCUGUCCUUGUGCCAAACCUCAAAGGACUGGAUAUUGCGAUCGAGCAUGGAGUCAAGGAGGUUGCGGUGUUCGUGAGUGCGACGGAGGGGUUCAGUAAAGCCAAUAUCAACUGCACAGUGCAGCAGGGCAUAGAACGAGCAAAGGCCGUAGCGAGGAAAGCGAUUGAGUGUGGGAUUACCGUCCGAGGGUAUGUCUCUUGUAUUUUCUCAGACCCAUUCGAUGGACCUACUGAGCCAUCGGCGGUGCUACACUUCGUUCAAGAGUUGCUAGAUAUGGGCUGCUACGAAGUCAGCCUAGGCGACACACUCGGUGUCGGCAGCCCCGACAAAGUCCGCAGCCUGCUUCACUACCUAGCCGACCACCGCAUCCCGCUCGACAAAAUGGCGGGCCACUUCCACGAUACCUACGGCCAGGCGGUCGCCAAUGUCUGGGAAGCGUACAACUGCGGCGUGCGGGUGUUUGAUAGCAGCGUGGGUGGUCUGGGGGGAUGUCCCUAUGCGCCAGGGGCCAAAGGGAACGUCGCGACGGAGGAUCUGGUGUACAUGUUUGAAUCGGCGGGUAUCGACACGGGUGUUGACCUGCUCAAGCUCGUCGAGACGGGUGUGUGGAUCUCUCAGCGGCUGUCCAAGACUAAUGCCAGUCGUGCUGGGACCGCGCUGGCUGCGAAGCACGGCCUUGUUUCGUCCAAACGGUCGUCGUCGUUGUCCCGAACAGCCAACAAGAAACACAUAUCCUGGACUAUGGUCAAAGAUCCAAACGGUUCGUUAGCCUAUCGCUCUGGCGUAAACGUCAAGCCUAUCAUCAACCGACCAAAGAAGGGCAACCUUACCUCCUCCGGCUCGUCGAGGACCUCACAGCCGACCCCUCCGUCUUCCGACUCCUCAUCACAGGAAGACGGCAGUCCUUCUGCACAGGCAUGGAUAUCAACAAGGGCUGUACACCUGUAG